UUGCUUUAUGUGAGAGAGUCCUCCACCCAUUUUAAGUUCCUGAUUGAGUAAGUAAAUUAGAUCCCAUGUGCCUCCCUUCUUCUUUCACUCUGACUUGCUGGUAGUCACUUCCCAAACCACAGCCUGGUGCUUGCAAGCUGCUGUUUCAGUCAGGAUGUUCUUUAGCUGUUGGCUGGCUCUGGGGGCUUUGAUCCCUGCGACCUUAAGCAUCAAUCCCGGGGUAAAGGUAGAACUAACAAGAAAAGGCCUUGAAUAUGGCAGGCAACUGGGGAUGGUUUCAAUCCAGAGGAAACUCAAAACCAUCAAAAUCCCAGAUUUCUCAGGGUCACAGUCGGUGGCUCCCAUAGGCAAAGUCCAGUACAGCCUGUCAAAUAUGCAAAUAGACAAUGUGCAAUUACCACAGUCUGCGCUGGAUCUGGUGCCAGGGUCUGGUGUCAGACUGUCUAUUAGUAACGCCUUCAUCAGCCUACAUGGAAACUGGAGGGUUAAGUACCUCAAAAUAAUAAAGGACAGUGGCACUUUUGAUUUGAAGGUGAGCGGACUCUCCAUCACUACAACCAUUGCUACUAAGAGUGACGAGACAGGCCGGCCAGUGGUCAGUACUGUCAACUGUUCGGCCACUGUCAACAGUGCGACCAUCAAAUUCCACCAUGGAGCCAGCUGGCUGUACAAUCUCUUCAAGAAAUUCGUUAGUAAAGCUUUGCGACAAGCAAUGGAGAAAAAGAUGUGCCCUCUGGUGGCUAAUGCAGUAAAUGAUAUGAACCCUUAUUUGAAAACUCUCAACGUUGUAGCCAAAGUGGACCAGUAUGCAGAGAUUGAAUACUCCAUGGUGUCAUCGCCCACAAUUGCUAAUUCUUCCGUUGACUUGAGCUUGAAGGGCGAAUUUUACAACAUCGGGAAGCAUCAGGAGCCUCCAUUCUCCCCCACAGCCUUUUCCAUGCCGCCUGAGGUCAACAACAUGUUGUACAUCGGCCUGUCCGCCUUUACCACCAACUCUGCAGCCUUUGUCUACAACAAAGCUGGAGCCCUGAGCCUUUACAUCACAGAUGACAUGCUCCCUAAAAGCUCUCCCAUCCGACUCAACACCAGAACGUUCGGAGUCGUCAUCCCGCAGAUUGCCAAGCUUUUCCCAGGUCUGAUGAUGAAACUGCUGGUGAAGACAGUGAAAACCCCCGUCAUCACUUUUGAACCCAGCAAUGUGACAGUUCAGGCAACUGCCUCGGUGACAGCAUACGCUAUCCAAUCCAACGGCACCCUUACCCCUCUCUUUGUCCUGAACUUGGAUGCCAGUGUCAGCGCCCAAGUAUUUGUCAGUGGAAUGCGGCUGGCUGGAGCUGUCACCCUCAACAACAUGGAACUGACCUUGGGGACAAGUUAUGUGGGAGAGUUUCAGGUCAAAGCCCUUCACAGCAUCUUCCAGAUGGUCCUCAAAGUGGUAGUGAUACCUAAGCUGAAUGCUCAACUUGCAAAAGGAUACCCACUUCCUACACUUGGAAAGAUGAAGCUUGUGAACACUCAGCUUCAGGUCCUAAAGGACUACAUGCUGAUUGGGACAGAUGUUCAGUUCAAAGACUGAAUGGCAUUUCCCCAGAAUUCAUAUCUGCCACCAAGAACACAUGAAGAUAUAAUCACAGUAUGAGUACUGACUACCUGACAGAAAUUUCACAGGAAAAAUGAUAUAUGAUGUAUGAUUAUUACCUCUCCUAUCAGCCUGAGAAAGGUGUAACAGAUAUCCUGAUUUGAUCAUUUUACUUUUUUUCUAUCAGCUUUCUUUUCUUUUCUUUUUUUAAUGUGGAGUGAAGUCGUGUCCUAACAGGACACAGUCUGCUGCAGGACAGGCUUUGCAUCUUUUUUUUUAUUUUUUAUAAUAACACACUCCUUCCAAAGCCGAUCACAGCACUUUCUGCUGCUGACUUUGGACAAAUUCUUUCUCAAAGUUUUGGACUUUGAAGCUCAGAGAGUGAUUCUACAAAUGUGCUGAUCCACGAGCUUUUACUGUGGUUUGGAUAGUCCCUUAAAAAAAAAAAAAAGCCAAGACAUCAAUCAAGCACUACUUCAGACAAAAACCAAUCAGUCACAGUAUUCUGUAUUAAACAAACACACCCCAAA